AUGAGCUCUUACUUUGUAAACUCGUUCUCAGGGCGCUAUCCAAAUGGCUCCGACUAUCAGUUACUAAAUUAUGGGACUAACGGCGCUGUGAGCGGUUCCUUCAGAGACCCUGGCACCAUGCACUCCGGGUCUUUCGGCUACAACUACAAUGGCAUGGACCUAACCGUGAACCGCACCAACACCGGCAGCCACUUCGGGGCCGUGAGAGAUGAUGCCCGCGGAUUCGGGCCGGAUGCCCGGUACAGACAGACACCCAACUGCUCGCUCUCAUCCCCUGAUCCGGUGCCGCCGUCGUGCGCCUCAGCCAACCGAGAGCCGCUGGAACUAAAAAGCGCCUCUCCUCCGUCUGACCGGAGCACGACCUCCACUGGCAACAAUCUCAACAAAAACAGCAGCGCUCAUUUCACGGAGAUAGAGGACACCACCGUCGCUUCUGAGACCGAGGAAGGCGCACACAGCAGCGGCGGCUCCAGCUCGGCACCGCGGGCGCAGCAGCAGCAGCAGCACCAGGAACCCAACGCCACCUCCUCAACUCCCACAUCAAAUGAUUGCCAAACGCCACAAAUAUUCCCCUGGAUGCGGAAACUGCACAUAAGCCAUGAUAUGACUGGACCUGACGGGAAAAGGGCCCGAACUGCGUACACCCGCUACCAGACACUAGAGCUGGAGAAAGAGUUUCACUUCAAUAGAUACCUAACCAGACGGCGGAGGAUAGAGAUAGCCCACGCCCUGUGUCUUUCGGAAAGACAGAUCAAAAUCUGGUUUCAGAACCGCAGGAUGAAGUGGAAGAAGGACAAUAAACUGAAAAGCAUGAGUCUUGUAACAGGAGGGAGCGCCUUCCACAACUGA